AUGAGCAAGCUGUUCUUGACCACCGAAGACAUGAAGAUGUGCUUCUCCCUCCUCUGGUGCGUGUACGGCAUCGGGACGCUCGGCAUGCCUGGCAAACUAGCCGGCGCGGGCAAGAGGGAGAAGCACAUCUUCAUGUCUUCGGUGGUCAAGAACAGCUUGCUCAUCUUGCAGGGGUGA